AUGGAUUAUAAUAUUCAAUUGACCUCAGUAUGUUCGAAUGAUGAUAUCCUUAUCUAAUGUAGUGACAUGUUCCUGAGUUCGAAUGGGUUUUACCCACCUUUCAUUCAUCUUAAGUUCAUCAAAAAAAUAUACUUAGAUCGUAAUUGCAAAUAGAAAAUAUGAUUUUUCAUAUCUUUCCAGUUUCAUUUGAUAAUGAUGAUGUCCAGGUACUCAAUGAAUAGGAAAUUAUUCAAUAUUCAUAAGAUAUUGUAAUACAGCUAUCUAAAUCGAAUAAAUAUAUUUGUGUUAUUGUGCAUAAUGAUAAAAGUAUACUCUCUCUAACCAAUGUCAUUGAUAGAACAACGCUAUUCAGAAUAAUACCUUGCUAUAAAUCAUAAAUUCAAGUAAUCGAUCUUUAAUAUUAAAGAAUUCCAAUAAAGUUUCUUUUGAUGAUGAUAUAUUUUUGAUGUAUUCUCCUGAAAAUAUUACAUUGUAAAAUUUAGAAUAAUAAUCAGAUUUAUUUGUAAAUAUCAAUGAAAGCAAGCAAUAAACAUCCGAUUUCAUAGUCUAAGCAACGAAAUAGACGACAUUUAAAUUGAAAAAGCAACUUAAAGAUAAUUAAUCUACCUCUUUUUGCUAUGGUAGCCUCAUUAAAAUUAAAUAAAUAGAAAGUGAUUCCUAUUUAGAGUUGACUACUUAUGAAAAUAUUCAACAGAACCCUCAUAAUAACAAUUUACACAUGACUGAUGUGUAAACGCAAUAUUAACGCAUUUUUUCUAAAAACAAAACAAUCUGUUGGAGAACUGGAGAAAGGAACCAAUAGAACAUAGAUUUAUUACUUUAUGAUAUUUGGAAAUUGUAUCAUCCUUAGAAAAUUGAUCAACAAAUUAAACAAGGAGAUUAAUUUUAUCUUUAAAAUUUGUCUGGUAAUUUCUAUAUGAAUGGAAAUUAGAUUUGCUCUGAUUAUUAGGAGGCAUCACUCUAUUCAUUUAUUGAAGAAGAUUCUAUUAACAAUAAACUAUUUUAUAUUCUUUGGAAUAAUCAAUAUUUAAGUUAUAAGAUUUUUAACGAAAAUAAUUUUAAUUAAAUUUAAGAUAAACUAUUAGUUGAUUACAAAUCAAAAAAGUCUAAACCAGACUUAUUACAAUUUGAUUUGAUUUCUAAUAUAGAUUUUAUCAACCAGCAUUGGUUAGACAAUGUAGUUAAAUUAAUUUAUGAAAUAAAUCUCACCUAUUAGUUACACUAUGAUGAAAUUAAUUUAUUUAUUAAGAAUUAAUCAAUAAAUGAGGGAAAAUUUGAUGCACUCUUCUUUCAAUUAUAGUAAUUAGAAAUUGCAUUAAAUGAUCUAACUAUCUUUUGUGUUGCAGAUGAAGAGAAGCCCAAGAUCAUAGAUAAAAAUGCCAUCUAUUAUUUGAAGAUGAAUUAAUAUAACUAGGACUUAUUAAGAAAAAAGGUCAUAGUUUAAUCUCUAAUUGAAUUUAUAGAAAUAGUUAAAUGGCAAUAUGAGUAUACAUAAAUCAUAGAAAAAAGUAAAAUUGAGUUAAUUAAUGAUAUACCGUUUGAAGAUUAAAAUCUGCAAUUCCUAUUUCAAUUGGAAAAUAUACUAAACCAAAUUUUCCUCUUUUUUGAAACUUUCAGUUCCAAAAACGAUUAUAAUAGUUAAAUAGUAUUUUUGGCCUAUUUUAAAUUAAAAUAAUAUUUAGGAUACAACAUUGGAGCAUUCUAUUGUUUGAUUCGAUUAUUUGAAAACAACUAAAAUUUAAUACCAGUUGCAGGCAUCAUGCCUUUUAUUGGAGAAUCUGAAAAAGAGUUUGAUCUAUCCUUAAUCAAACGCUCUACAAGGAUCAAUACAGUUCUAACAAAAUAAUAAAAUUAAAUAAAAUCUUAAACUCUGAUUGAUGAAAUUUUUGAAAGAGCAAAUUACUGUCUCUAAAUUCUAAACAAGAGAUUUUGGGGUAAUAUUAUGAAGAUAUUAAGUGUUUUAUGCUUAUAAAACGAUAAAGCGUGUUUCAAUAAUUAAAUUAAUAUUGGUAAAUAUAUAAUCCAGGGUCCAAAAAUUUUAUUGUAAUUUGUUAUCAAAGAAGAUAAUCUACUCUAUGUCUAAAUCGAUGAGAAGUUGUACGAAUUAAAUGAAAUCUAUGUUUAGUGUAGUAAGGCUAAUAAAGAUAUUAUGGAGGACAUUAUUGAAUGUAAAAAUUUCCUUGACUCUCAAUUAAACCUUAUAGGAUUGCUAUGCUAAGAGAGGAAUUACGAAAACAUUUAGUUUUAUAGGACAAAAUUACCUUAAAAGAUUUUAAUUAACUAUAUAAGUUAUUCUGGAAAUGCCGAAUCAUUAAGAUGCAGAUUAAUUAUCAUUUUAAUGAAUUUAUAUGUUGAUUGCUACCCUUAUCAACCAAAGUAAAUUCCUAAACUAAUAUUCAAUCUGAAUAAAUUGUAUGGGUCAUUAUAUAAUGGGUUUAAUGUUGAAUAAACUUAAAUAGAAAUGUAAGAAGUAAAAAGCAAACCUUUUCUGAAAUAGUUAACAAGAUAAUUCACUAUAAAUGAUACUAAAGCUAUUGAAAAAUUACUUACUAUUACUUAAGAACUAGUUAAAUUAAAUUUAAUUUAAGGUAACUAAAUUAAUCUCAGUCUUAGUGUCUGCAAGACCCUCUAAAUGUUCUAUAAAUUGUACACUUUCAAUCUACCCUAAAAUAAGGAAUUUCAUGAUAAAUACUUUGAUGCCAAUUUGUUAAUUCAGGCCUAUACCUUAUUGCCUCAAUCACUAGAAUAGAAUUAACCCUCAUAGGAGUAGGUUCAAUAGUAUUAACAAUUUUUAGAAUCAAAGGAAAUUUUUAAUUAAAUGUCCAUCAUUUUAAUUGAUUUUUUGUAACUUUAUUUCCAAUAAAAAGAGACUAAAAUUUUGACUUCAAUAAUUAAAUCAUCCCAAGAAUUUGAUUAUCUAGACUUCUCAUAACAUUACAAUUACGCCGGUUAUGAAAUGAUAAAAGAGAAUACUUUUCUAUUACUAAAGCAUAAGCAAUCUUAGAGUGAAACAUAAUUAAAGGCUUUUAAUUUGAUGGAAUCUCUUUAUCAACCUAAACGAAAUAUUAUAAAGAGAUUAUAAAAAUGUUUAUUUUUGGAAAACUAUAAUGAAGUCUCAUAUUACUAAUUAAUAAAAAAAUUGAUUUUGUAAUUGAAAGAAUUAGAGAGUACUGAUGGAAAAUAGCAAUUAUAUUAAAAUUGUAUAAAUUCACUUAUCAAUUUAAACAAGUAAUUGAUAAAUUCAGACAAUUUAUUACUCUUAUAAAAAAUAUUGAGAUUAUUAAAUUUUGAUUAUAUUCUUCUUGAUUUCCUUGAAAGUUAUUAACAAAUUUGUUAUUUCAUUACUUAAAAAUUUAUAAAAAGCAACAAUGAGAGCAGAUAUCAUUUAGAACUCAAUAACGAAGAGGAAUAAAUACUGUAAUUUUGCACAUAAUCAUUUAUUAUAUUAAAAUAGCAUUGUAUAGGAAAUCAUUCCAAUAAAUUAAGAGUUCUAAGCAAAUUUAAUUAAUUUGAUGACUUUUUGAAAUGCAUUGAUUUAGGACAAUAUGAUUUACUUUAAGAAAUAUACUCUGAAUCAUAUGAGAAUAUUGAGUCAGCUAGUAGCAGAAUUAUUUAUCUUUUAUUAGAUAAUUAAAAUUUAGGGUCUUUAAAGGUGUUACAAUCUUUAGUCAUAUAGCAAAAUGUAUCAAAUACAAAGAAUUUGUUUGAAAUUAUUUAACAAAUCUAUAAGUCAAAAAAAUUUUAAUAGUAAUUAGGAUUUUAAGAUGGUCUUCUUGAGAAGAUACUUUCAUAAAACAAGUUUUAAACCUUUUAGAAGUAAUUUUAAAUUGGUAAUCUUCCUUACAUAUUCUAAAUAUAAGGAAUUCAGUUUGUUUUAUAUAUGCUCAAAUUUUCUAAUCCUCAAGGUUGUAAAGUACUGGCUGAUAUUUUUCCAUUAUAAUAGAUAAUUAAAUACUGCAUUUAAUUAAAAGAUAUAUUCAGACCAACCUUUGAAGAUUUAAAUAUUGCUAUAUUAAAUACGAUUUUAAAAACCUAGUUUAUCAAACUAUUCAAUGAAUUGCUAAAUUAUAAAGAAAUUGUUAAAUAUGAAGAUGAAAUCCAAUAAAAUAUAUUUUAGUUCAUAGACAAAGAAAUGAAGAUUUUUGAAGAUAAAGUUGUUGUUCUAGAUUAUGAAAUGAAAUCAACUAAUGAUAUUCAAAAGAAAUUUGAUUAUAUAAAUUCUAGUUUUUAAUUUAAAUUAAAAAAGAAGUCAAAAGUUCCUGAGUAAUUGUUUUAAUAAAUUUAAUCUGGAUCAGAGAAUGAGAGUGAUACUGAGUUAAAGGAAGAAGAUCAAUUAUCAGAAUGUUAAAAAUAAAUGGCAAGCUUUGAGUUACAACAUAAUUUUGAUUGUCUGUAUUUUAAUAAUUAUGCUAUGCUCUUACUUAAUCUGUUUCUUAACUUAGCAUAAAUAAUAUAAGAGCAAAUAGAGAAUAUAGAAGAGUAGUCAUAAUCUAAAGCUGGAAACAGAGCAUCUUAAACUUUUGGAAGGCAAAUGAGUAUUUCUUAAGCUUAUGCUGAGAGUAUUGUGAAUGAUAUGAGUCAAAGCGUAAAAUUGAAACCUUUUAAUAAUUUAAAAAUUAAAGUUGAUUCAUUUUUAAAAUAAAUAGAAAAGUAUUUGAAACUUAAUUUAUCUAAAUGGGAAAUAUUAGAGAAGGGUCAUUUUUUAAUAGAAAAAUCAUAGCAAUUAAAAAUACUCUUUCUAAGAAAACUGGAAUUUCAAAAUUAUGACCUUGAUUAAAUUGGAGAGAAGAUAAACAAUCAAGUAGUAGAUCCAUACUGUUCUCCAAUAUAUUGCAAUGAUAAAAGAAUUCAUGAAUUGAUUCUUAUGAAGAAUAAAUCUGAAAAUCAAUUUAUUGACAAAUAAAUAAAUAGUUUAUUCCUAAAUGAACGUAUCUUGGCUAUUGAAAAUUUUGAAAUGUACUUUUAAAUCUACAAACAAUAACUACUUAUGAAUGAGGACUUCGAAAUCAUAAAUGAAAAUUUCCCAAAGGUUAUUGUUCCUUUGAUUAGUUGUUUUUAAUCUAGCAUGAGCAAUUUACAUAAAAAUUAUAAGUUCAUCAAAAAAAUAUUGAAAUUUCUUUGGCACAUGUUGGAUAUACACACCUACAUUAGGGAUGAUUACAAUUAUACAGUUUUUGUUUAUGAAUUGAAUAAAAAAGGGAAGUAUCAUUCUAAAAGUGAGUAGAUACUCUAAGUUAAAGCUCUUAAGGCUUUAUAGAAUUUAAUUGUUAAUUAAGGGUUUUUUAACAUAUUGUUAUAAUUUUGUAAUUAAUAUGAUAAAAUAAGAAUUAUACAAUAAUCAGAAUUGUAAGUAAUAAAUUAAAAAAAGAAAGAAAAACUAUUAUAUUAAUUUUUAUUGACUUCUAUAAGAAUAGUUAGAGGUAUUGAAUCUGCUAAUUAGUUUGCUUAAUAAAAACUUAUGCUAGAAAUACUGAAAACUAAAAGUAAUUACUUGUUAAAGAUAUUCUCUAAUAUUUUUGAAAGACAUAAGUAAUAAGAUGAAACAUAACAAUUACGAUCUCUAAUGUUACAUGAUAUUAAUAGAGUCUAUUUUGCAUAUGAAUUUAAUGAAAUCCAUCGAUUAGAAAAGAAACAGAAUGUGAUGAAAUUAGGAAUUUUGUAAGUGUAAAUGAAAUUACUUCAGUUAUUAUCUGAGGAUCAUUUUAGACCAUUCUAAGAUUUUUUUCGAGAGUAAAUUGGAUUUGCAUAGAACUAUGACAUCAUCUAACAUCUGAUGAAUAUUUUAUUGAAUUUUUUCAAUUAGGAAACCUUUGAGUCAUUAAGUCAAGAUGAUUAUAUUUUGAUAUUAAAUUGUUUUGAUUGCCUUAAAGAAAAUAUUUAAGGACCUUGUCCUCAAAAUUAAGAAAAACUAUGUUAACCUUAAUUUUUAAGAUUAUGUGGUAAAUUAAUGGGAUUUGAUGACUCUUAAAUUAAAUUCUUAAGUUUGUAUUAGAGAUUCAAUAAAAUUGAUUAAGUUCAAUAGAAUUAAGAUAAAUAACGAUCGAGGUUGUAAACCUUAGAGUAACUAAAAUAGAGUAGUAUUUAACAAAAUAAGACAACCAUUUAGUAGGAAAUUAUAUAAUAUUAUAUAAAAUCCCCACUUUAUUGUAAAUAUUUGGUCACUUCAUUUAGAAAAAGCAACCCAGCUAAUUAUAGAUUGUCUAUGUUAUCUGAAAUCAAAUAUAGGUGUGCAACAACAUUGGAGUCAUUAACUGAUAAUGAAUAAAAUGAAUCAGAAAUCUUGAAAAGAAUUUCAAUCUUCAUUAAUGAGAAAAUACUAAUUCGUAAUAUUACAAUUCAAUAUGAAAAAUACAAAAUUUUACAUGAAUCUGGUAAGAAUUACACCAAUCUUGUAUUUUCUCAUUUGUUAGGGGAGGAUACAAAAAGUAGUGAAUAAGACAAACAAAAGAAGAAAAACAAUUAAAAAAGUAAGGUUCAAAUAGAAUUUAAUAACACUUAUUGGUAUUAAGUAGAAUAGGAGGUGACUAUAGAGUUAGCUAUAAAGGAUUUUUGGGAUUCCUUUAUCAUUGAGAUAGGAUUUUCUUAAUUUAAUCUUUUAGCCUAAAUAUAUUAGAUGAAAGAUUAGGAUGUUUUAGAGAGAAUAUAUGAAUAAAUAGAUAAUACGAAAACAUAAAAAAAGAAAUAUAAAUCUAUAAUCUUUUAUAAUCUUUAUAAGGCAAUAUUUUCAGCAUCAUAAUUAACAAAGUAAGUUAUAAUUAUUACUUUUUAGAAAUAUUAAGUAAUUACAAGAAAGUACUCAGUUGAGUGACAAAAUAUUUUAUCCAUAUAAAUUAAAGAAAGCUCCAGAAGAACAGGAAGCCUAAUAAAAGAAACUUGGUUAUCGAGCUUUGAGAUUUUUUGCAACUAGAACAGGGUCAAUUGAAAUAUUUUUACCAUCAAAGUAACUAAAAAAAGUGAUGUUUCCUCUUGUGCCUCAUUGUUUUUCUCUAAAUAAUGUAAUUAAAGAGAAAUUUGCAUCUGACAUUGAUAGAUCAUCCUAAUAAAGAAAAGUUGAAUCAGUGUUGUCAAAUUCAUCGCAUAUAAUUUAGAAACUAAAAACAGAAUAUAAAUUUCAGGCUUUGUAUAAGAGGAAUUUCAUAAUUAAUUUGCUGGCUAGCAAUUAGAAAUUAUGGAAAUAAAUAAUAUUUUUAGUAAUAGUGUUAGAGAAUCUAAUGAUCCUGUUCUCAAGUGACACAAAUUUAGAGAAAAUAUUUGGAGAUAUUUUAUUUGGAUUAACAAUUACAUAAAUAAUUUUGCAAUUCUUAUGUUUUUUUAUAUUUAUUGUGAAAAAAUUACCUUAUCUAAGAAUUAAAUCUUAGGAGAUAGUAUUUGAAAAAUAGAUAAAUAGAAUUAGAAAGAGAGAAAUAAAAUAUAAAUAUUUGGAUAAUUCACAAAGUAUAGUGCUAUAAGAGGACUUUGUUUUAGAAAAAACAGAUUCAUUUCUAUUGGAAUAGAACAAAUGGAAGAGACUUUAUUUUAAUAUAACAGAUUCCUUAACACUAUAUAGGAUUAUUUUACUGGAUUAUGAAAUGAUUUACUUCUUAAUAUUUACAACUUUAGCCUUUAUUGGAUUGUACAUUAAUGUGGUUUUGGCUUUAUUGCUUUUGGAUGUUUUCUGGCGAUUCCCAACUUUGACAUCAAUUGUGAAUGUAAAUGAUUAAUUAAUAAAUUAGGCAAUUUGGAGACCUAGUGGAUCGAUACUAUUGGUGUUAUCCUUGUAUCUAAUAAUGUAAUACUAUUAUUCUCUCAUUGUUUAUUAUUAUUAUUCAGAAGAAUAUUACCCAUAUUGUUAAAACUUUCUAUAAUGUUUCUCCUUCAUAUUAGAUGCCACAUUUAAGACAGAUGGUGGUUCUGUUGGUUACAUAGUAACUAGUGAUGACUAUGCAGAUGAAAAUUAUAGAUAUAGUAUCCUCAAUUUUUGGGAAUUUGUUUAUGUAUUUGUUGUUAUUAGUUUGUUAUACUCAAUAAUUACUGGUAUCAUCAUAGAUUCAUUUGGGGUAUUAAGAGAGGAGGCUGAAGAACUUGAUAAUGAUAUUAAAGGAUACUGCUUGAUUUGCGGAAUAGAUAAUGGUACUUUAGAAAAGAAGGCCAAACACAAAAAGGGAUUUAGAUUUCAUGUUAAAUAUGAACAUUGUGUUUGGAAUUACAUUUUUUACAUUUCCUAUUUAGAGGAUAAAAAGAAAUCAGAUUAUAAUGGGAUCGAAAGUUAUGUAGAUUUAGAUUUGAAAAGAGAGAGUAUCAAUUGGUUUCCACUAAAUAAAUCACUCUCUAUACCUGAAGAAGAAUAAGAAGUAAAUAUAUUGUUUGAAACAUUAGGAAUUGUUUAAUUGCAAGUAGACACUAGAUGAUAAAUUAGUAGAAAUUAGUAACAAAAUUGAUUAACUCAAAAGUUGA